AAAGCUAGAGAAGAUGAAGAACAAGAUCAGCAGCAGGUACCCUCUUCUUGCUCAUUCUUCGCUACGCGGCUCUACUGCCGCCGGCGACGGCGACGGCGACGCCAAGUGCUUCCGCUGCGACCACCGGCCGGCGAUCGACGAGAUCGUCAGGGAGCAGUCCCUGGUGACGCAGCUGCGCGCCGUCGUCCUGCCUGCGCUGGAGACGAAGGCCGACGAGCGGGCGGAGCUCGUCGCGCAGCUGUUCGGGAGCAUACUGGAUUGCUCCAGGAAGGUGAUCUCCGCCCUGAGAUCUCACUACGUCGUCGGCGAGUCGCCUCCUCCUGAAGCUGCCGACGUCGUCGACAAAAGGAGGGCGAAAAGGAAGAACAGCGAGCACAGCAAGAAGGGUGAUGAUGAUCAGGCGAAAGCGAAGUCACAUGAGCAGAAGAGAAGCAGGAGAUACACUAACUCCACAUCACAGGUGACACCUGUUCCACAUUAUGAUGGUCAUCAAUGGAGAAAAUACGGCCAGAAGAAUAUUAACAACUCAAAGCAUCAAAGGAGCUACUAUAGAUGCACCUACAAGCAUGAACAGAACUGCAAGGCAACCAAGACAGUGCAACAGCUGGACGGCGCCGGUACUGAAACCAUCAUGUACACUGUGGUCUACUACGGGCAACACACCUGCAAGACCAACCUGAGCAGCAGCAAUGCUUCUCCCCAUGUUGUUGAGACAAGCACACCCCAGAGCAUCUCAUCAGCAUGCUCUGAUCCUGGUGAUUAUUACAGCCAUAAACUAGAGAGCAUGCACACACCAGAGCUGGCAGAAGUGUGCUCUGAACUUGGUUCCUCCUGCCAUGCCCUGGAGGUAGGGCACAGUGCACUGGGGCUGGAGGAUGAAGACAUGCACAAGCAGCUGAUUGAGACAUUUGCCUGUGGAUCUUUGGAUCUGGACAGCUGGGAGAUUGAUGCAAUUGUGAGAUCUGGUUUCUUCUGCUAGUUGAAUUUUGGUAUAAGUUCUGAUUAGUUUUGGUGAUUAGAUGAAGCUUUAAUCUGUUCAUAUGUAAGAUAAGGUUGUGGUGCUUGCUAUACUUUUGGUGAAUGUAAAAUAAAUAGUUCACUGCUUGCUAGAUAGCAAGUUAUGUUAAAAAUAUAUGGUUAUAUGUUGGUACUGUAAGAUGUAAUCAGCAAUCUUGAAGAGCUUUCCCCUUAAAUUUUAAUAGUGUGCAUAUUGAAGAUAUGAGACACGCUAUUUAUGGGGAAUGAUAAUAUAGGCUAUGA